AUGGCUGAGAGAAUUAUUCUUGCUGGUGCAAUAGAAAUACUGAAGAAAUUAAGCUCUUUCCCCGAGGAAGAGAUCACUCUCCUAUGGUUUAUGAAAAAGGACUUCAAAAAGCUUCAGGAGACCUUUCCCAUGAUCCAAGCAGUAUUGAAUGAUGCGGAAAUUCGGCAAGUGAGAGAAGAACCUGUAAGGCUCUGGUUGAAAAGGCUCAAGGAUGUAGCUUAUGAAGUAGACGACGCAUUGGAUGAGUUUUCAUUUGAAGCCAUGCGAAGGAGAAUGGAAAUUCAAAAUUCCAAGAUGGAAAAGGUAUGUUACUUCUUCUCGCGGAAAAACCCUAUUGCAUUUCGUUCCAGGAUGGUUCAUAAGAUUAAGGACAUCAAUGAAAAGCUAGAUUUGAUUGAAAAAGACAUGAAAAUGUUCAAUUUUAAGAUUGGUGAUGUAAAUGAUAAUUUUAAGAAUGAUAUAGAUCGAGAAACCGAUGCUCGUCUUGAUAAUUCACAGAUUAUUGGAAGGGAAAAAGAAAAAUCAAUUCUAAUUGAUAUGUUAAUUGGUUCAAGUAAUGAAGAACUUCUUUCAGUAAUUCCUAUAGUUGGAAUUGGGGGUCUUGGCAAGACAACACUAGCAAAAAUGGUCUACAAUGAUGAGUCUGUUGUAGCAAAUUUUGAUAAUAGAAUGUGGAUUUGUGUGUCAGAUGAUUUUAAUGUGAAAAGGUUGGUGCAAGAAAUGCUUGAAUCUUUUACUGGAGAGAAGCCAAAUUUAUCAAACCUUGAAGCUACACAAAAGAUGCUUGAUGAGAAGUUAAGAGAAAAAAAAUUUCUCCUUGUAUUAGAUGAUGUUUGGAAUGGUGUCCGUGAAAAAUGGGACAAUUUGAGAGCCUCUUUGGUAAUUGGUGCCAAGGGAAGCAAAAUUGUUGUGACAACACGUAAUGAAAAAAUUGCAUCAAUGAUGGGGACACUUCCACCACAACAUUUAGUAGGGUUAUCUGACAAUGAAAGUUGGUCUUUAUUCAGAAGAAGAGCAUUUGGGAGUGGAGGAGCAACAGAGAAUUCAAAUAUGGUGAGAAUAGGAAAGGAACUUGUGGAAAAGUGUAAAGGUGUUCCCCUAGCAAUAAAAUCUCUAAGUGCCUUGAUGCACUCAAAAAGGAAUGAAAAUGAAUGGUUGUCCAUCCAAUAUAGUGAAAUAUGGAAUGAAUCAGAUCAAGAUGGAAAUGGAAUUUUAUCGGUGCUAAAAUUGAGUUAUGACCAUUUGUCUUCACCAUUGAAGCAUUGUUUUGCUUAUUGUUCCAUAUUUCCGAAGGAUUAUUGUAUUCGGAAAAAGACAUUGAUCCAACUAUGGAUGGCAGAAGGUCUCCUUCAAUCGUCAAAUGAUAACAAAUUGAUGGAAGAUAUUGGUGAGGAAUAUUUUAAGUGUUUUGUUUGGAAUUCUUUCUUCCAAGAUGUGGAGAGAUACAAGCAUGGAGAAGAAGUAACAUGUAAGAUGCAUGAUCUUGUGCAUGAUCUUGCACAAUUCAUCAUUGGAAAUGAAUGUAUGAUGGUGGAGGAUUUCGGUAAGGUAGAACCAAGAUUGGAAACACGCUACCUAUCAUUGGUUGGUUGCAUAGAAACAACUCCAAAAGCAUUUUAUAUCAUGGAGAAAGUACGUGCGCAUCUCUGCUUGGGUAGAAAUCCUUAUCAUAUUUCUGACGAUAUGUUCUUGAACUUCAGGAGCUUGCGUGCACUAGAUAUAAAUGCUGUUGGGAGUAAAAGCUUGCCAUCCUCCAUCGGAGAGCUGAAACAUUUGAGAUAUCUCAACCUUUCAGGAAAUAAGUUUGCAACAUUACCUGAAUCUAUUACUAAUCUCUAUAAUUUGCAGACUUUGAGAAUGUUAGAUUGUGACUUUGUUUUAACAUUGCCAAAAGGGAUAACAAAGAUGAUUAACUUGAGACAUCUAGAAGUUGACCAUCAAUUGAGAUUUCCCAGAUGCAUAGGGCAGUUAACUAACCUCCAAACGUUAUCUUGUUUUCCAGCUGGAAAGGAUAGUGAAGGUGCUGGAAUUCAAGAGCUUGAGAAUCUACGACAACUGGGAGGAAGUUUGAAUUUGUACCAUCUGAAGUGGGCGAAGAAUGCUACUGAUGCAAAUUUAAAAGAAAAACCAAGACUUAGAGAGUUAUUUUUGAAAUGGGGGCCAUGUUUGGAGUGGGGUUCAAACUCGAAUUUGGAAUGGGACCAAUGGUACCAAGCCUCCUAUUACCCUGAGUGUGGUGUUGACGUUGAUAACAAAUUAUUGGAAGGUCUCCAACCUCAUCCAUAUUUAAUUUGCUUGGAAAUAAUUGACUUCCCUGGCACCAAGCUUCCUGCUUGGAUUAAUGGAAGCUCUUAUCUAUCAUCCCUUCAGCAUCUCCAGUUACACAAAUGUCCCAACAUAAUGUCUUUGGAUUUGGUAGGCUUGAGCUCUCUCCGACGGCUGGAGAUUGGUUACUGUAGGAAUCUAACAUCUUUGAGACUACUGAAGGGACUCGCUGCCUUGGAGACUAUGAGUCUACGGGAAUGCAAGAAGCUGAUGUUCCUAGGAAUUCCUGAGCCUGAGGAGGACGGCAUGCCAUUGGCAGACCUCAUCAGCCUCAAGACAUUAGUGAUCUAUAAAUGUGAGGGUUUUACAACCUUACCAGACAGUUUUUUUAUCCUUCUUAGAUUUCUCGAAACAUUGAAAAUACUUGAUUGUCCAGGUCUAUGGAAUCUGCCGGAGAGCAUAGGGAACCUCUCAUUGCUUUAA